CGGCGCCGGCCGAGCGGCGGAGCGGACCGGCGGGUUCAUGGAGGGCGCGGACGGGAGGGCGGGGGAGCGGGCGCCGCUGCUGGGCGCGCGGCGGGCGGCGUUCGAGGGCCGGCGGCUGGCCUGCGCCGCGGUGCUGCUGACCGAGCUGCUGGAGCGCGCCGCCUUCUACGGCGUCACGGCCAACCUGGUGCUGUUCCUGAACGGCGCGCCCUUCCACUGGGAGGGCGCGCAGGCCAGCCAGGCGCUGCUGCUCUUCAUGGGCCUCACCUACCUGGUGUCGCCCUUCGGCGGCUGGCUGGCCGACGCGCGGCUCGGCCGGGCGCGCGCCAUCCUGCUCAGCCUGGCGCUCUACCUGCUCGGCAUGCUGGCCUUCCCGCUGCUGGCCGCGCCCAGCACGCGCCCCGCGCUCUGCGGGACCCCGCAGCCCACGCGCGUCCGCAACUGCUCGGCGCCGUCCUGCCUGGACCCGCCCUCCCGCUACUGCGCGCCCGCCGCGCUCGGGGCGCUCGCCGUGGUCGGUCUGGGCGUGGGCGCUGUCAAGGCCAACAUCACGCCCUUCGGCGCCGACCAGGUCAAGGACCGGGGCCCCGAGGCCACGCGCAGGUUCUUCAACUGGUUCUACUGGAGCAUCAACCUGGGCGCCAUCCUCUCGCUGGGCGGCGUCGCCUACACCCAGCAGAACGUGGGCUUCGUGGCCGGCUACACUGUGCCGGCCGUCUGCAUCGGCGUCGCCUUCCUCCUCUUCCUCUGCGGCCAGCGCGUCUUCGUCAGCAAGCCCCCCGACGGCAGCGCCUUCACCGACGUGGUCCGGAUCCUGGCCUACGCCUGCCGCCCGCGGAGGCGCGCGGCGGAAGGCGAUCGCGGGGGCGAAGGCAGCGGAGGCUCCCCGCCCCCCUCCCCUAAACACAGUCUGUUUGGUUCCUGUAAGAUGUCCCACGGCGGGCCCUUCACAGAGGACCGGGUGGACGACGUGAGGGCCCUGGUCAAGACCGUGCCCGUGUUCUUGGCCCUGGUGCCCUACUGGACCGUGUACUUCCAAAUGCAGACCACCUACGUGCUGCAAAGCCUGCACCUGCGGAUCCCUGAGAUCUCCAGCCUCACGGCCACCACGCACACGGUGCCGGCCGCCUGGCUGACCAUGUUCGACGCGGUGCUCAUCGUACUGCUGGUGCCGCUCAAGGACCGGCUGGUGGACCCCGCGCUGCGGCGGCGUGGCCUGCUGCCGUCCUCCCUGAAGAGGGUCGCCGUGGGCAUGUUCUUCGUCAUGUGCUCCGCCUUCGCCGCCGGGAUCCUGGAGAGCAAGCGGCUGGACCUCGUGAAGGAGAAGACCAUCAACCAGACCAUCGGGAAGGUCCUGUACUUCGCGGCCGACCUGCCCAUAUGGUGGCAGGUGCCGCAGUACGUGCUCAUCGGCGUCAGCGAGAUAUUCGCAAGCAUAGCAGGCCUGGAGUUCGCGUACGCGGCCGCGCCCAGGUCCAUGCAGAGCGCCGUCAUGGGCCUGUUCUUCUUCUUCUCCGGCGUCGGCUCCUUCGUGGGCUCGGGCCUGCUGGCCCUGGUGUCCCUCAAGGCCAUCGGCUGGAUGAGCAACCACUCCGACUCCGGCAACAUCAACGGCUGCCACCUCAACUACUACUUCUUCCUCCUGGCCGCCGUCCAGGGCGCCACGCUCCUGCUCUUCCUCGUCGUGUCCGUGAGGUACGACCGGCAGCGCGCGCUGGCCGCCGGGGCCGCGACCACGCCCGCCAGCAGGAGGGCCUGACGUCUCCAGUCCUCGUGGCCCGGAGGCCGGCGUUCCGGGAGGCACUGGCCGCGUGCUGAGCCCCGACGGACCGGCAGGUGCCUUCCCCGAGCGGCUGGUGCUGGGCACGUCUGUGGGUCCGUCUGCAGCAGGCUCCGACGCGGCCCGCCCGGCCACUGCACGCGUGUUCGCGGGCAUCUUCGUGCCUCACACACGUCACGUGGUCCCUGCGCAGCCGUGUGCUCCGGCUGGGUGCUUCCUGAUGAACCAACGUCUGCCCCUGCCGAGACGGGGGCU